AUGGACAUACAAAAAAAAAUUAAAAAAUGCAUAAAUUUAAAAAGAAAAUUAAAGAAACCCAAAGGAUGUCCUACCAAUAUUAAGGAUAUCAGCACAAAGAGUAAUGUAAAGAAUUUUGAAAGUAAUAGAUUUUUUUUUAAUAUAUUUGAUAAAAAAAUAAAGAGAUAUAUAUUUAAUAAUUUAAUGAUUCAUAGUAAAACAAAUUAUUCUGAUAUAGAAAAUAAAUCAUGUGUAGAAUAUGAUAAGAUAAAAAAUAUUCCAUAUAUAUGUAAUAAUAUAAAAUAUGAUAUACAUAAAUAUAAUAAUAAACAUAUAUAUACUAACAAUUCUAAUAGUGUAAUAAUAAAAGAAAAUAAUAUGGAUCUUUCUUCAUUUUUAAAAAAUAUUAUUUUUAAUAUGAAUUAUUUAUUAUAUCUGUUUAAUAAAAAUAAUCACAUUUAUUUUGAUUUACAUCUCUUAUUUAAAAAUGAUAUAUUAUUACAAAGAAAUAUAAAUAUGUCCUAUAAAAAUAAUAUAUAUAAUAUGUAUAAUAUGUAUAAUAUGUCUAGUGUAUUGAAUUAUAAAAAUGACAUAUUUAAUAAUACUCAGAAUUUAUAUAAUAUUUAUGAUUUGUUUGCUUUGUUUAUAUUUUAUGUUCAUAUAAAGAGAUUUUAUUUUGAUUUUUUUUUAUUAAUUCUUAAAAGGAUUAAUAAUAUAGAAAGAACAAAUGAACAUCAUAAUGUAUGUCAUAUGAACAAUAUAUAUCAUAUGAAUAAUAUAUAUCAUAUGAACAAUAUAUGUGAUGACACCAAUUCAUAUAAUCAACAUAUUUAUCAUAUAUCUCCAUAUAAACAUCAUUAUAACACCAACAAUGUGAAUCAUCAAUAUUUGAUAAAAUUUUUAAACGCUUGUAUAAAAUUAAAAAACAUUAUCUCCAAUAUUAUAAAUAUAAAUAAAACAAAAAAAGAAAAAAAAAUUACAAACCAUCAUAAUAAUAUCAGAACAUAUCGUAUUAAUUAUUUUCGCUUUAUUAAAAAUGCCAUAUUUACAAAAUAUAAAAUUAUAAAUAGGAAGGAAGAAAAAAAAAAAAAAAAAAAAAAAAAAAAAACAAAUAUCCAUAAUGGUGUCUAUAAAAAUAUUUAUAAGGACAUGUUGUGGAACAACAUAAAGAAAAAUAAUAAUAAUAAUAAUUAUAAUAUAAAUGAAUUAUUUAAUAAUAAUAUAAUAAAGAAAAAAUAUUUUCAUUUUUUUUUUUUUAAAAAACAAAAAUACAAAAUUAUGACUUAUCAUAAAUUUAAAAAGAGAAAAGAUCUCAACACAUUAAUAAUGUGUGAUAAAUAUAUAAAUAAAUCUAUCCAAUUAUUUUUACAUAAUUUUCAAGACACAUCCAUUUUUAUAAAGUAUAUGAAAAUAGUCAAAAAGGCAAACAUUAUUAAUUAUUCAUAUGAUGAUCAUAUUUUUAUUAAUUCAAUUAGAAAUUUUUUAAAAAAAAAAAGAAGUUAUUUCACAGCACAGGAUUUGAUAUUUAUAUGCAAAUGGCAAACACAUAUGAAUAAUAUGAAUAAUAUGAAUAAUAUGAAUAAUAUCAAUAAUAUAAAUAAUAUCAAUCAUAUCAAUAAUAUCAAUAAUAUCAAUAAUAUAAAUAAUAUCAAUAGUGCGUAUAUUAAAACAAACAGUGUAGACCAUCAUAAUAUCAUAUCAUCCAUCUCACUCAUAAAAGAUGAUAUAUUUCAAAAUAUUGAGGAUUACAAUUUUCAUCACAUAAAAGAUAUUAUCUAUAUAUGUUCAAAAAAUAAAUUGUAUGAAUAUAAAUUAUUCGAUAAAAUAAUAAACUAUAUAAUAAACAAUAUAAACAAUAUAAGUUCUAAACAUUUAGUCAGAAUUAUUAUUCUUAUGUAUAAUAAAUUAAAUUAUAAAAAUGAACUCAAAAAAAUGUUAUUCAUUUUAUUAAAUAAUUAUAGACCAUCCUUAAAAAAAACAAAUAAAAGAAAUCAUAUAUCAAUAAAUAAUAUAUAUUUAGAAAAUAUUAAUAAAAAAUAUGUAAAAAAAAAUUUAUAUAUAUAUAAUAUAUAUAAAAAAAAUAAUGUUGAUAGUAUGAACAAACAUGAUGUUAUCAUAACAUCUAAUCAAAACAAUAUUCUUUUUAGAUCCUUUCAACAUGUAAAGGUACAUAAAUUAUUGUUAUUUAUUAAUAUCUUAAUAAAAAGUAAUAUAUAUAUAAAUUAUGAAUGGUCCUUUUAUUUUUUAUCAUUAAUAAAACAAAAAUAUGUUUUUAUAAAAAAAAAAGGUUUCUAUGUAUUAUGUUAUAUAUUAUUUCAUAUACAAAAUAAUAAUAAUAAUAUAUAUAAAUCAUUUGAAGAUUUUUUUAAUCCUUAUAAUAUAUAUAAAAAAUUUACUUUGUCUCAAAUUUUAAGUACAUCAAAUAUAUUUUCUUUAAUAUAUGUGGCCUUUCUAUAUUAUAACACUUAUAAUAUAAAUCAUUUUAUAAAAAUAUUUUUUACAGUCAUACAAAAAUUUUAUGAUACUUGUAUGACAACACAAACAAAGAGGAAGAAAAAUAAUUAUCAACACAUAUCAUGUGAUGAAUAUAUAAACAAGAAUUAUAAUUCAGAAUAUUAUAUACAAGAUGAUGACAACAAUAUAUUAUUUAAUAAUUCUUAUAAUGAUCCAGACGAUAAGAACCAUUUUAUUGAUGACAAUAUAUUUAUACAUGAUUUAAAAAUUUAUGAAAGAAAUAUUAAUAAUAAAUAUCAAAAAAAAAAAGAUAAAAAAAAAAAACAUGCAUUCAAAAAUAAAAUCAAUUUAAUAGAUAUACAAUUAGUAUGUAAUAAUAUCAAAGAAAAUUUUUCAUUAGAUCCAUAUGCUAAUAAUAUAAAAAAAUAUGAAACUACUUCUAAAGUUCUUCCAAAUUUAAUGUAUAUAAAUAAUUUACAAGAAUUACAAAAUAAACAUAAAGAUUAUAAAUUACAAUAUAUAUUAAAUAAUUCUAUUAUAUACACACAUAUGAAAAAUAAUACAAUUAUAAAUGAAGAAAAAAAUAAUAAUCAUAUUAACAAUCAUUAUUAUAAUUAUCAAGAAAAAGAAAUAAACAAAUCAUAUACAGAUAACAAAUUUGAAACUAUCAAUAAUUAUAAUAUAUAUAUAGAUGAUCUUUUUAAUCGUAUUCAUAAAUCACGUUUAAUACUUAUACUUAUAUAUCAUUUUUUAUUUAUUAUCAAUUCUAAUAACAUCCAUAAUAAAAACAACAACAAUAACAAAAGAGAGCAUAAUAAUAGUAUUAUUAUGCAAACAAAAAAUGAUAUGAAUAAAAAUUUUGUAAAUAUAAAAAAACAUUCUCUUUUAUAUAAAAUAAAAAAUAAACAACUUCUCUUAUUGUAUCAAACAUAUAUGUUAUGUAUCUCUUAUAUAAACAUCUCUUUAAAAACUAUGAAAAAUAUGAACAAUAAUAAGAACACCCAAUCCUCAAAAAUGCACAAAAAAAUAUUCUCACAUAUAUCAGAGCUAAUACAAAAUAAAGAUAAAUACGAUAUUAUAAAUGAAUAUAUACACUAUCCUUAUGAGAUAGACAUAUAUAUAAAAAGGAUUAUAACCCCCCAAAAAAAUAAAUAA